AUGGCCCAAAAGGCCCCGAUGACGGUCACAUUCGUGACUGGCAACCAGAACAAGCUGAAGGAGGUCCGCGCCAUCCUCGGCGAGGAGCACGCGGAUAAGUUCACGCUCGAGGCGCGCAAGGUGGACCUCCCCGAGCUUCAGGGCGAACCCGAGGACAUCGCCAAGGAGAAGGUCAUGCUCGCCGCGAGGCAGAUCGACGGCCCGACGCUCGUCGAGGACACGAGCCUCUGCUACAACGCCCUCCAAGGCCUGCCCGGACCGUACGUGAAGUGGUUCCUGGAUAAGCUCGGGCACGAGGGCCUGAACAAGAUGCUGGCGGGGUACGACGACAAGAGCGCGUACGCGCAGUGCGUCUUCGCGUACGUCGACGGACCGAACGGCGAGCCGAAGGUUUUCGUGGGCACCACCGACGGGAAGAUCGUGCCGGCGCGGGGACCGACGGACUUUGGAUGGGAUCCCGUGUUCCAACCCGACGGGUUCGAGGAGACGUACGCGGAGAUGGACAAGGCGGUGAAGAACGGCAUAUCGCACAGGUACAGGGCGCUGGAUAAGUUCAGGGAGUUUAUCCUCGCCGAAGCCGCCGGGCGAUGA